UAUAUAGUGACAAUAGAAAUAGAUAUUCGCUGAUCGAAUCAGAGUAGGAAUUGAAAUUCAAAUCGGAAUACGAAUUGAAAUUCAAAUUGGAAUACGAAUUGAAUCAGAUUCUCUUUCUCAUCCCAAACGCUAAGAUCCAAGCCUUUUAGGCUCCGCAACCGAAGAAACCGUCGAAAAUCAAAUCGAAGAAAUGGAGGAGGGAGGGAGUACUGUUUUCACUCCAGCAUUGGAAGGGAUGAAGAAUGUAAAAUCUGACAAUGGUGAAAUGCUGACAAAACCUUUCUUGGAUGUCUGCAAAGAAAUUUUGCCUGUUAUUGAUAAGUUUGGAGCAGCCAUGGCUCUUGUCAAAUCUGACAUUGGCGGUAACAUUUCGAGGUUGGAAACCAAGUAUCAAUCGAAUCCUGAACAAUUCAACCAGUUGUAUAGUUUGGUGAGUGUUGAGGUUGAAGCUAAAACAGCAAAAGGAUCAUCCAGCUGCACCAAUGGUCUUCUUUGGUUGACGAGGGCAAUGGAUUUCCUGGUGGCAUUGUUUCGCAACUUACUGGAGCAUCCAGAUUGGCCGAUGUCACAGGCUUGUACAGAUUCCUACGGCAAGACUCUGAAGAAAUGGCACGGUUGGCUUGCUAGUUCAACUUUCACUGUGGCCAUGAAGCUUGCGCCUGAAAGGAAGAAGUUUAUGGAUGUAAUAGCAGGUUCUGGUGAUGUCCUGGCUGACAUAGAGAAGUUCUGUACAACAUUUUCCCCUCUUCUUGAAGAGAAUCACAAGUUUUUGGCCAGUGUUGGCAUGGAUGAAUUGAAGGUGUCGUGAUGGAAUGGCUUACCUGCUGUUUACAUCCCUUUCAUCUAUCUCGGCCUCAAAUUCCGAUUCUCCUGUAGUUUCGGAUAAUUAAUAAUCGGACUAUUAUAAAUAUUGUGUAUUGCUUUGAAAACCAAUUUAUUGUGUCAAAACUUUUUACUUGAUAACUGCGAGGAACUUUGGUAGAGUUACUAAAUAACCAUCGUUUGAUUUUCUUGUUGUAAACUCAAUAUGCCUGAUUUUGACAUGGCAUAAUUUAUAUAAACUCCCGAUUUCGGUUUGUGAAGUUUACAGAAAUACGAUGAAAUGCCUUCUUUUAUUGUUCUUAA